AUGCUCACACCUCGUCGUCUCUUCACCUCCUUGAAAGCACACUCCUCUCUUCUCCCGUGCCGCAGUCCCGCCACCCUCCGCACCUUGACCAACACAGCCAGCAUCAUGGGCAAGCAAGAAUGGAUCGUCAUCCUCCCCGACUACCCGGGCGCUCUUGAGAAACGUAUGGAGGUCAGACCACAACACCUCGAAGCCAUCAAACCGCGCGUGCAAGCCGGCACAGUCGUCCUCGGCGGAGCAUCCUUAGACGAACCAGCAAAAGAAGGAUCGCCCAUGAAGAUCAAUGGUAGCGUCAUGAUGGCGGAAGCGGACACGGAGCAGGAGGUCAGGGAGAUCAUUGAGAGUGACAUCUACUACAGGACUGGUGUGUGGGAUAAAGAAAAGAUCCGGAUCUUCCCGUUCAAGAGUGCCGUGAGGCAAGGGCUCUGA